GAGUAAACAGAGAGAGAAGCACAUGGCGGCUAAAUAAAUCCAGGAGACUGCAAUUAAGAAGUUUGCUGCUGCUGUUGUUUUAGAGCGAGGAGGAGUAACAUUCAGAGAGCCUCGCCGAGGAUCAAGGAGAUAAAUGGUGUGCAGCCACCUUUGCAUGGAGCUGAUAUACAGUAGAAGCAGAGGUGCGUGGUGGUGAGAAGAAAAACAGGUUCUACCCAACCAGAUUUUCACCUGUAAGAAGAGCCAGUGUCCUUGAUAUCCUGCUCUUGUCGAAUGAUGAGAUGUGGUGAAACAUCUUUGCUGUGCAACAUUACAACCAUGCCGGCUCUCUGAGGGAGCCAAGGAUGUGCAACAUGGUCUUCAGCCAUGACCUACAGCAGGGCUGUGCGCCUUGAGACUGGAGCUGGGAGAUGCCUCCUGGAAAAACACUGGGGAGAAGUAGAAUAUGCUGCAGGCUACGACUGAGGGUCAAGUGGUCGGCUUUGUGCAUCAUGGCUUGGAGUCUGCUGAGACACUCGGCUGGCAGCAUUCACAAACUCCAGCAGCAGGCGGCCUGUCCAUGUGAAUAUCAGGUGUUGCAGCGGCCACAACGCAGCAUAAUCCGGAGUAAAAUGGACACCAGAGCCUUGAGGAACCCGUACGCAGACUAUGAUGGGAGGCCUGAGUCCACACAAGCCCUGUUUGACUCCCAGGGCAGGCUCACACCAGAGUUUGCCCAGCGGCUGAGCAGCAAGGUUAGUGAGCUGUUGGCUGUCAUGGAAAACGGCCUGAAGUCUGCCGACCCGAGAGACUGCACCAGCUACACGGGCUGGACAGGUAUUGCAGUGCUCUACCUGCAUCUCCACAGUGUGUUCAGGGAGCCAUACUACCUGCAGAAGGCUUUGGACUAUGUCAGCCGCGGCCUCAAGUGUCUGACACGCCGCCAUGACGUCACCUUCCUGUGUGGGGACGCCGGGCCCCUGGCUGUGGCUGCAGUGGUCUACUAUCGCCUGCAGAGGCCACAGGAGGCUGACGAGUUCAUCAACAGACUGCUGCAGCUCCACCACAACGUGGUGAAGGGUUCAGGCGGUCUUCCAGAUGAGCUGCUCUAUGGUCGAAUGGGCUACCUGUACUCCCUUGUCUUCAUCAACCAGCAGCUGGGACAGGACAAGAUCCCACUGCAGUACCUACAGCAGAUCAGCGAGGUGGUGCUGGCAUCUGGCGAGAAUCUGUCUAGGAGAAUGCGGCUCCAGGACCAAAGCCCCCUGAUGUACGAGUGGUACCAGGAGCAGUAUGUCGGCGCCGCCCACGGCCUGGCUGGCAUCUACUACUACCUGAUGCAGCCAGGCUUUGUCUGCGGAGAAGAAAGAGUGCACAGGCUGGUGAGGCCCAGCGUUGACCACGUGUGCCGGCUCAGGUUCCCCUCAGGAAACUACCCUCCGUGCAUCGGCGAUGAUCGCGACCUGCUGGUGCACUGGUGCCACGGAUCGCCAGGGGUGAUCUACAUGCUCCUGCAGGCCUACAAGGUGUUCGGUGUGCCGCACUACCUGGAAAGCGCCUUGCAGUGUGGCGAGGUGGUGUGGCGCUGGGGUUUGCUAAAGAAAGGCUACGGGCUGUGCCACGGUGCAGCUGGCAAUGCCUACACCUUCCUGGCCCUCUACCGGCUAACACAGGAUCCCAAAUACCUUUACAGAGCCUGCUUGUUUGCAGAUUGGUGCAUGAACUACGGCAAACAUGGGUGCCGCACGCCAGACACUCCCUUCUCACUUUUUGAAGGCAUGGCAGGCACCAUCUACUUCUUGGCCGACCUUCUGCAGCCAAUGAAAUCCAGGUUCCCAGCGUUCGAGGUGUAAAGGUAUCCGCAGAAAGCCCUCCCUCACCCACACUAUGGGAAAGCACGAUAACAAGACGUCCCGCGCUGUUGCUUCUUCUCUCACACUCAUGCGUUCACCUCUGUAAAUGAUAUUCGGGCACUUGACAACUUCUUUGUCCCGCGGGGUCUUGUGUCAUUGACUCGAUGGUAUUUGCGUCACAGUGGCUGACUUUGACUAUUGCUUUGGACAGUGUGCCAUGUCUCACCUGCUCCUCUCCACUGAGGACUUGACAUCUUAUUAACAGAAUAAAUCCUAUACUCUCAGCUCGGCUGCCUAAUUAUCUCAAAGAUGUGUCAAAAGGAGGAGAGGGCUUCUCUAGCUUGGUAGUUUCUUUUCUGUACAUAAAUUAAAAGUAGUGCUUUAUAUGUAUAUGAUGUCUUGACUAAUGUUUCGUUAAAGAGGGAGGAAAAUAAUUUUGCAGUUUCAGAUGUAAUUUGUAUGAUAACUGUAAAGCUUUGGAGUGAAUGCUUUUUACAGGUCCUUAAGUUUCUGUUGUUUUGUAGGUUUCGUAUAAGAAAAAGGAACGUUUGCUUUAGUUUGCCUGUUUUGUAGAAAUUAUCUUUAACAGCAAAGCUUGUAAUGCUGUCAUAUACUUUUUCCCUUCACUAGUUCUUAGAUGUAAAAGACCUUUUUGAGCAUAAUGUGAAAUGGCAGCAAAUGCAUUGGUAAUGUAGAACAUGCAGCACUUCCUCUGGUUAAUAACAAUGUUAGGCCUGUUAACUAACUUUUCCUUGAGAUGCAUACAACGGCUUUCUGUCUUUCUCAUUGCACAGCCCUUCCAUUUGAAGAAGCCGCAUUCAACUUUUUGUAUUGAAUUGUUGGUUUGUGGCUAAAUAAAAAAAAAAUAUGCAUAUAAA